AACCCAUUAUAAUCAAUUGCAAAAGUACAUUACCAACUUCAUUUCUAAGUCAUGUAAAACCAUACUCGGGGCAACAGACAACAGUCUUUAAGUGACUACACUUUCACUUUUUAGUUUAUUAACUUAGAUCACAAUUUUAUAUUAAAAAAUUAUUUAUAUUUAUUUUUUACAUUAAUUACUUAUUAUGAGUUUUGAUGAUUAUGAGUCUCUACCAACAUCCAAUGUGACAGAUCACAUGAUGGCUGGUGCUAUUGCUGGAAUAAUGGAACAUUGUGUUAUGUAUCCUCUAGAUUCUGUAAAGACUCGAAUGCAAGCGUUUAUUCCAAAUAAUACUGUUGGUGGACGAGGAAUAUCUAGUAUUUUUAUUGAUAUGAUAAAACAAGAAGGAUAUUUGAGACCAAUACGAGGAAUGGGAACUGUGGUUAUUGGAGCUGGACCCGCUCAUGCGCUUUAUUUUGCUUCUUAUGAACAUCUUAAACAAAAAAUUUCACAUCAAACUUCAUUAAGUAUCACCUUAUCUUCUGGUAUUGCUGGAUGUGCAUCUACUAUUAUUCAUGAUGCAAUCAUGACACCAACUGAUGUUGUAAAACAACGUUUACAAAUGUCUAACUCACCCUACAAUGGUAUUUUAAACUGUGUUAGCUCUGUAUGGCGAGCAGAAGGAAUCGGAGCGUUUUAUCGCUCAUAUUUAGUGCAAUUAUGUAUGAAUGCACCAUUUCAAGUAGUUCAUUUUAUGACUUAUGAACAUUGUCAAAAUUUUUUAAAUCCUGAUAGAAUAUACAAUCCUUUAUAUCACAUGAUAUCAGGUGGGGUAGCUGGUGGAUUGGCUGCUGCUGUAACAACUCCAUUAGAUGUAUGCAAAACUUUACUCAAUACACAAACUACUAGUGUGAAAGUAAAAGGAGUUUUUAGAGCUGUAGCAACAGUAUAUUCACUUGGAGGGGCUAGUGGAUUUUUUAGAGGCAUGGUAGCUCGUAUACUAUAUCAAAUGCCAUCGACUGCAAUUUCAUGGACAACUUAUGAAUUUUUCAAAUUUGUUUUAAUCAAAAAAUCCAAAAUAACUGAUGAUCGACCUAGUCCCCCACCACCGCCUCCACCGCCCACAAAUGUGGGAAAUGAAAUAAUUAUGACAAAAACAAAUGUACGGUGUGAUUUACCUGUUACAAUUUAUAGUCACUAUAGUGUAAGAGAUGAUGGAUCUGGUCACCCAUUCUAAGUUUGUAAUGAUGGCCUUACCAAGUUUAACACUGAGUAAUGGACGGAUGUUAGUUUUUAAAAAUAUACAAAUUGUUUUUUUUUUUAAUUUUACUAUUUUUUUUGUUUUGUAAUUUGUUAUAAAUUACUCCCCUUGUUGUGUUUCCCAAGUUAUUAAAUAUAUUGUUCCGGGUA